AUGAAGGAAGUCAUGAACACUGCCAAGACCAAGACCAAAAUUGGAUUUUGCUCACACUUCAUUAGGGUUAUGGGCACGUAUGAAUAUGGAGCGACGAAUAACAAUGGUGAAAUACUGGUGAAGCUCUGUGCCAUGAACAAUCUGGUCAUAGGAGGGACCCACUUUCCUCACCAUGAAAUCCACAAACCAACAUGGUGCUCACCCAGUGGAGGUAACGAGAACCAGAUUGACCAUUUAAGGAUCAAUGCAGGAUCGCGAAUGGUAAAACUCAUUGGCCGCCUCUGGUGUAUCGAAAUAAUGUUUUUUACCUUCAUGGAUGACCUGGAGCCGGGCAGGAUACAAGAGGCCGAACCUGACCCCUUUCCCCGCUGCAAUGGUGGCUUCAGCACUCGCCAGUCAGUCUCUGUAAUCAUUGAGGCCAUCUUCAACAUCACAAAUGCGUUCAUCGUAAGGAUCACCAGGAUCCUGAAGAAAUACUGUCUACAGACCCAUAAGGAAGAGCUCAAAUCACAAAUUAUGUGGGUCAAAGAUGACCUGGGUCUCAGAUCAGAUGGCACUUACAGGAUUCCCUAUGACCUGGGUCUCAGAUCGGAGGACAUUUACAGGAUUCCCUAUGACCUGGGACUCAGAUCGGAGGACAUUUACAGGAUUCCCUAUGACCUGGGACUCAGAUCGGAGGACAUUUACAGGAUUCCCUAUGAAUGUGGAGCAGCAUUUAUUGAUCAGACAGGACGCACGGUGGAAACCCACAUCAAGCAGCACAGGAGGUAUAUCUGUUUGGGUUACGUGGAGAGAUUGGCGGAAGCAGAGCAUUGCAUUCGCAGUGGCCGUAGGAUUGACUUCGACAUCACAAAAAGAGUGUGCCGUAGGCUGAUACCUUUUAGCCCUGAAAGCAGCAGUCAUUCUGUGAAGAUGUCAAAAUCACCAGUCAAGGGGAAAUCAACUCGAGCUCAGAACACUGAACAGAAUCAUCAAGGGAAAACUAGAAACUCCAGGAAAGAUCCCAUAAAGGAUCCCCAAAUUACAGAACCUAGCCCUGAAAGAGCUUCCUCAUCCCACCCUCACCAAGGAAAGAUGAAGUCAGCAACCAAGCAUUCAGGUCAGCUAAAGAAAAGGCGAGGGUCUCAAAGGAACAAAGAGCAGACGUGUAAACUGGACGACGGGAGUGGGAGCAGACUGGCUCCUACUGCCAGACAGAGUGAGCAAAUAACGGGGGGAGAAGGGGGUGGAAAACCAAACUCGCAGGAAAUAAAAGGAAAAAAGAAACCACAGGCGGACAGGGCAAGGGAAACGCAUAAAACUAGUGCAAAGGAACCUAGAACUAUUGAGAAAAAUUGCAACGAUAAAAGGAGAGAGAAGGAGAUAUUGAAAUCUGGACGCAGUAAGAGCAAAGCAAACAAGGCAGAUAAGAGACAAAAAGGAAAUGAUUGCACAACAACCGACAGUAAGCUGAACUGUCAGACACCAACCAAGCAGAAUAAGGAAAGAGGAAAUAAAGUGAGAGGGGAUGAGAAUAAAGGGAAGAAAUGCCAAAUCUUCAGUAAAGCCAGCAAGCCUGGGCUUGAGUUAACAGAAAGGAAGAAGACCAAAACUAGUGAAAACAAAAGUGGAGCUUCUAACACAAGACUGACAGGAAGAUGUAGAAGGAGGAUCAGCAGUGACUCUACUGAUGAGGACAGUGAGAGUUCAGAAGGGUCUAGUGAGGAGACAACCAAUAGCAGGGAUACUGACAGUGAGAGGACCACAUCUGACACAGGGGCUGACAAGCCCAGCUCUAGAAAGGGUAUUCCCAGGAUAGAAGUUGAGAAGAAAGUUAGCAACCACAGUACAGGCAGUGAGGGUACAGAUGAGGAAGAAGAUGCUGCUAGUGAAGAGCUGGGGAAGGAGGUGGUGAGUGACAGAAGAGCAAGAGAGGGAGGUGACAGCAGAAGUUGUGGUGAGGAUGAUCAACAAUCUCAUUCAGUAACUAAUGAAAGAGGAAACAACAGCAUACAGCAAGUUCCAACCAUUAGCCAGAAUACUGCUGGAAGUAAUGAGGAGGAACAAGAAGAUAAACAGGAGCUCAGCAAUGUGGUGAGUGAUGAUGAACUCGUAGCCAAAGAGGAGGAACAGGUGAAGAUAUGGGAGGCAGAAGAGAGUGAGGCUGGAUAUCCAGAUGAUAUUCUUAAGAGAAGAACAUUACAAAUGGAUGUGAAAAAGAAGAUUAUAGUGGGUAUGAAGGUCAAAGCUAAAGUGGAGAGUAAGGGAAUGGACCAAAUACAGGUCAAGAAGAAAUGUAAAACCAGGGAGAAGUUUGCCAAAGUUCACAUUCAGCACAAGUAUCACACUCAUAUGUGUAAAGCAGUGGAGAGAAGCAGUGCAGAAAAGCCUUGCAAAAAGCAGGAAGGUCAGUCUGAUGGUGAGAAAAGCCAGGAGAAAUUAACUGUCGUGCAACCUGACCCUUCUGCAAGGCUUUCUUUACAUCAGGCACACCUUAUCCAUUGUCUCAAGGCUAAAAGCAGAGACAUCAGAACAAGAUCAAACCAGCAUCUUGCAACAGCUGCAGGAGUGAGUGACAUGUGCCAGUUGCCAGAGGAGGCUGUCAAAUCACACCAAGACCUGUCAGUCGAUGGCUCCUUCACUGAUCAUGCCUCAGUGAAAAGCCCACAGAUAGAUAGAAGCAAUGAAAGUAGUUCUUCAGAAUCAGUAGACCAUGAUGCUGAAAAAAAACAAUCAUCUGCACAGCAUCAGGCGGCUCUGGAUCGCAAGAAGAAAAUUGCAAAGGUGGUAGGAAAGGUGAAGUUGGCAUCUAUCAGGAAGUGUACACCAAAGACUCAGAGAACAGUGGAGACAACGGAUGUGGAAAAUAGCAUGGAAGCCAAACCUGGAACAGGCAGGAUCAAGGGGAAUGCCUGCCGGCGGUUUUCCGCCAUUCGUAGGGUCACUGGAUGGAUUAGCCGCCAGAUUCCCAAUGUCCUUAAGACCAGAUCCAAGCUGGUCACUGUUACCAAUGUGAUUGGAACUACCACGUGGCUUUCAAGGACACUGAGCCUGAGACAGAAGAGCAAAGAGGGGAAGCCGAGCAACUUCAAGAGGCGCAUGGCAAUUCGCCUUGCCAGCACAGUGGGGUUCAGCACCCGAAGGGGUGACCAUCUUCGCAGUUGGAAAGUAGCAUUGAAAGAAGAGGCAGAAGGAGACUGUGGGUUACCAGAGGUAGAUGAGUCUGCCCACAGUAUGGGAGAUGUUGAAGCAAUGGUGUCUGCCGAUAUGCAGAGUGUGCCAAAAGAAGAAGCCAGUGGACAGGAUACAUGCCAUCAGGCUGAGGGCCAGAUUGAAGGUGAGGAAAAGCUGGGUUCUGAUGCCAGGUAUGCAAUUGUGCUGCCACGAGUGCACCAACUGGUCAAGUCAAAAGCAACUGUAUUAGCCAGUUGCAGAAUUGAAAGGAAUCGUGCAGACACUCCACAGCCCUACAAGGCUGCAGCCUCAGCUCAGCCAGACUGCUCCUACCUGGGUGUUGUAAAAAAGCCACAGAAUGAAUUAAGAGAUGAGUUUCAUACUCAAAGGGACAUUGGAGUAUCCAUUUCAGAGAACAGUGAUUCAAAUCUACAACCAAGAGAUACCAGGAAUGAUCCUCAUUAUCUGUGUACAGGCAACCGCACUGGUCCCAUGAACAUGCCACUCAGAAGGGACCAGGACAACAGACAGUUCACCCUGUCGGAUUCUUAUCCACGUCCGUCUUCCCAAUUGAGAAGAGAUCCUUACCGACAGAUCACGUGUGCCUGUGAUGAUGAGGAUUUUCACCACAAGCAGGAAAUCCACUGGGCAGGGAGGAGGCAUUUCAGUAACAAGAACUUGACUUGGUUGGAUUCAGAAACAUUGCUCCCUCAUCCAACUAUUGAGAAUCUGAGCAAAUGGACAGUGUACAAAGAGCAGGGUGUUAGAACACUAAGAAGAGCAGGGCACUGGGAGCCUGAGGACACUGCUGAAGGUAUUCUUGAGAAUGACUUCACAUUAAAACAGCUAGCGUUGAAGGAUGGUCACAACCCUGAGACCAAGGAUGUGGAGGAUCUAUCCAACCUAGAGGAAGUGUGUGAGAGCUCCGUGCUACUUUGCCUGAAGAGGAGAUUCCACAGGGAUAUACAUUACACUUACAUUUGGAACAUUCUGGUUUCAUUGAACCCUUACAAGUGCGUUGGGAUAUACUCCGCAGAAUCUGUUCAACAAUACAGGAGAAAGGAGCUUGCUGAGAAUCCUCCACACAUCUUUGCCAUUGCUGAUGCUGCAUACACAUUGAGCCAGAGAUGUGAGAGAGAGCAGUGUAUCAUCGUCAGUGGACAGAGUGGUUCAGGGAAGACUGAGGCAGCAAAGCUGAUCAUCCGCUACCUGAUGACACUUUACCAGGAAACCAGGGAGGAGCAAAUCUGUCAGGCAACUCAGGCUUUUCCCAUCUUGGAAGCAUUUGGGAAUGCUAAAACUGUCCUGAAUAAUAACUCCAGCAGGUUUGGGAAGCUUCUUUGGAUUCAUAUCCGACAUGGCCUGGUGGUUGGAACCUCAAUAUCCCAUUACCUUCUGGAAAAGUCUAGGCUUGUCUUUCAGGCACACAGUGAGCGUAAUUACCAUGUGUUUUACGAGCUGUUGGGUGGUCUAGAUGAGGAGCUGAAAGAGGUGUUGAGCCUUCAGGAGUCAGAAGCCUACUUCUACCUCAAUCAGGGUGGAGCAUGUGAGAUCACCAGCAAGAAUGAGGAGGAGGGCUUCAGGAGUUUGUUGCACUCUCUGGAGAAGAUUGGAUUGAUGGAAGGCCAGCUGAUGUCAGUGUGGGCUAUUCUGUCUUCCAUUCUGCAACUUGGCAAUGUCUGCUUCACAUCAUAUGAGGAGGGGUCCCAGGAGCUGGCUGUCAUUGUCAGUCACACCGAGACACGGAUCGUGGCCAACCUGCUGCAGGUCUCAUUGGAUGCACUCAACAGCAUCAUCACACAACGGAUGACAGAGACCAGUUAUGACCGGAUUUUUUCACCACUGUCUGUUGAAGGCUCCAUAGAUGCCAGGGACACUAUUGCCAAAGCUCUCUAUUCACUGCUCUUUGAUUGGCUGGUACAACAAAUCAACAAGUGUCUGAUGCCAGCAGAGAUGGAUAGUUCUGUGGGAGUUGUGGAUAUCUAUGGUUUUGAGGAUCUGGGUGUAAACAGUUUUGAACAGCUGUGCAUCAAUUACGCUAAUGAACAGUUGCAGCAGUUCUUCAGCCAAGCGGUGCUCACACAGGAGCAGGAGGAGUACUCUCGGGAACAGAUCAGUUGGGCUUUCAUUCCUGUCUCGGAUCGACAGAGCUGUUUAAACCUCAUCACAGCCAAGCCAAAUGGAAUUCUUCGGAUUCUGGAUGAUCAAACAUGCCUGCCACAGGCAACAGAUCACACUUUUCUGCAGAAAUGCCAUUAUCAACAUAACAACAACCCUUGGUACGUAAAGCCCAAGGUGCCUCUGCCAGUCUUCACAGUCAGACAUUAUGCUGGUGCAGUGACCUACCAGGUCCAUAAAUUCUUGGAUAAGAACCGUGACCAGCUCAGGCCAGAAGUGAUGGAACUGUUUAUACAGAGCAACAAUAAGAUGGUCUCUGACUUGUUCAAGAUGGCGCAGGAGAGUUUUCAUCUGCAGAAGAGAAUUAGGUGCAGGGGUCGAGGUCACCGAAACCAGGCACCAACUGUGGCUGCCAAAUUUCAGAACAGCCUGUUGGAACUGAUCACAAAACUGAGGAGAUCAGGCUUCCUGAUCGCUGACCACUUUGAUAUGGAAUGUGUUGGUUUCCAACUCAGGCAUUCUGGGAUUAUGGAGGCAAUCCAUAUUAGAAAGGAAGGCUAUCCAGUCAGAAUUCCAUUCCUGGACUUUACCAGCAGGUACAGCGUUUUAUUGGGUCAGGUAAAGGACCUUUCCUCGCACCGUGACCUGUGCUCCUCUAUACUAAAGAAGAUCACAAAGGGGACCUCAGGGUCCUAUCAGCUGGGAAAUACCAAGGCCUUUCUGAAGAAGCAAGUUUUCAAUCAGUUGGAAAGUUGCUGGAGAAGAACACAGAACUGGGCAGCAGUCACCAUUCAGAAGAAUAUCCGUGCCUUCAUCAACAGGAGAAACUUCCAGCUCUUCCGGCACAAGAUUGUCAUUGUCCAGUCUCAGAUCAGGGGACACCAGGCCAGGAGUCGGUACAAGAGGAUGAAGAGAGCCUUGGUGCAGUUUGGGGCUGCAGUGGCAAUCUCAAAGGCAGUUGCUUACAGGAGACAGAAUCAGGACACACCAAUCAAGAUAUCGUGGCACCAACGAAUAUAUUCAAGGACCAGGAGAGACGGAGGAGCAGUGGGAAUGGAAGCUGGCCUGCUUGAGAUCCCAGCAAAGUUGGCUGCUCAGUUACAGCUUGCUGAAGUGAAUCCUCAACCCUUUGAGAACCAGGUGACUGAAGUCUCCCCACCACAAGUUAAGGCACUCAUCUAUCACACGCUCCCUGCAGAUGUGAACAGCUACCCCUUCAGUAAUUUCAUCAAUGACCAUUUCCAGGAACCUCACUUUGAAGUUCUGGACCAGCCUCUGCAGCAACCUCUCACUCGACUGCAGGGAGCAGAGCAUCAGGCAGCUUUGGAGCUUUUCAAAUUGGUUCUGCGGUUUCAACAAGAAGAAUUCCUCCAAGGCAGGAAGGAAAUCAUUCUUGGGAAUUUUAUUGUGCAGAAGGGAAUAUCCAAUCCCAGACUCCGGAAUGAGAUCUACUGCCAGGUGGCGAACCAGACCUGGAAGAACCGUGACAUGGAGGAAUGGCAGAGAGCCUGCCUCCUGAUGACCACCUGCCUGAGCUGUCUGCAGCCUUCGCCCGAGCUGGAGAAGCCUCUGCUCAAGUAUGUGUCCGAUCACAUCAUGGAAGAGUACAGGGCAGUGUGUCAACACAAAGCCCUUAGUGCCAUGCAGUGCGUUCAAAACAGGGCCUUCCCACCCACCCAGCUAGAAUGGACAGCCAAUCACAGGCGAGGACAGAUGGUGCUGGAUGUCCACAUCUCUCAUGAUGAAAAAUUUGCAACAGAGGUGGAGUCCUGGACAACAGGAGAAGAACUUGGAAACUGGAUUUUAAGAUUCCGGGGUCAGCAGGAUGAGCAAAGAGGAUGGACGGUGUCUAUGCACAUUGGAGAGGAAUGGAGAGAUAUGCUUGGCUGUGAUUUUGUCAUGGAUCUCAUUGCUGAAAUCGAAGCAAAGAACUUACUCACAACUCAGCCACCAACCCCUCUUUUCCAUCCACAACAGAAUGAGGAUGCUUAUGAACGCCAUUCAAGUUCUGAGGAAAGCUAUUCAUCACCCGAGUUCAAUGAAGGACAUAUUCCUCCAGCGCCCAACAUACAGGCUCCGCAUCUGCCUCCAGAAAUGUUAUCCUACAACAGCUCUGAAGCUAAUCCACAUGUGUAUGCUUCCUCCUUAACACAGUCCGAGACUUCACCUGGGUAUGGAAACUAUGUGGACAGUCUGUUCGACCCAGUGUUCUCACAUGGAGGAGGGGAAAUGGAGAGACCGAGUGACCUAAACAGGCGGAUGAAAGGAGGAGGGGGGAUAGGCCCACCACACACAGGAGCGUACAUGUCCACAGGUGUACCAAUGGUCCCCAACUACUCAAUGGGUGUUCCGAUGAUGCCUCAGAUGCAACAGAUGGCUGCAUUUCCAGCUUAUCAGACUCCAAUGCCUGCAAUGCAACCCAUGCCUGCGAUGCAACCCAUGCCUGCGAUGCAACCCAUGCCUGCGAUGCAACCCAUGCCUGCGAUGCAACCCAUGCCUGCGAUGCAAACAGUUCCUGUGAUGCAGCCAGUGGAGCCGUCAGUGCCAGUAAUGAUGGUUCCGCAGGCCAGUAUGCCUCAGGUGCAGCCAAUGCAGCAGAUGUCCCAGUACUCAAGGUCUCAGAUUUCUCAGCCUUCAAAUCGAUUCAACUCCUCCUCCCAACUUACAACUCAGCAGGAAACUUUCAUCAACCAGCAGGCUCUUCUACUGGCCCAGCAGAUGACAAUGCAGGCCAUGUCAAUAAGCCAGCAACAACAGAGGGAACAGCGAAAGGAAUUACAAAAGGAGACACAACCUGUUUCAAAGCCAACAAAACCCACAACUACACCUAAGACCAAGUCAAAUCCCGUCCUACCUGAUCCACCCAAACAACCAGUGAAGCCCAAAGAGAAGGAGGAACCCGUCAUCAGUAAAACUCCUCCCAAAGAGAAGGAGCAGCUUCCUACUAACAUGGUCCUUCCACUUGCUAAGGAAGAUGCUGUUGAGGAGACGGACUUGGAACAAUUUGAAUCUUUUCAGCAGAAACGAGCUUUUUUCCUGAAAGUCGGACAGGAGGAAAGUGUGAAGUUGAAACGUCGGUCUAAAAUAUUGCUUCCCAAACCAGAGAAAUCAGAAAAGAAGCAGAAAGCUGAAGAUUCUGGGAGCUCCAAAGAGGAGAAACAGAAAGAAACUGCUCCACCUCCACCUCCCCCUCCUCCAGUAGUCCCAGCCAAAGACUCGCACGAUGAAAAGGAGACGAAGGAGACUGAUGAAAAAGAGAUAGUGAGAACUGCCAACAUCGGAAAGAGACCAGAACCCAGUCACCACAUUCGAGAAAUAAUAAAGAAGUACCAGACCCGACCAUUAUCGCCGCCUCCUAUUCCCAAGCCAAACAGAGUACUAGCAAAACCAUUCCUGAAGAAAACUGAUCCCAAGGAUGAAGCAUUGUCUCUUUUGAGAAAGGCAGGACCUUCAGAUCUUCCAGAGGAUGGAAAUGGAACAUCAGCUGCAAAAGUUCCACCCAAAACAGCACCAAAACCGCAGCACCGUCCUCUGUCCUCUCAGUCCUCGAUACAUCAGCAACUCAACCUUCUACUGUCGCCCAAAGAUGCUCCGCCCCCACCUCCUCCUCUACCUCCUUCUUUAGCUGGCUUAUCUCCAACUUCAACUAACGGUGAAUUUCAGCUCUCCCCAUCGUCACCAAGGGGAGUAUCAGCAAUAUCAUUACAAGAUGAGAAUAUAAAAACCCAACUCUACAGACGGACAGCCAGUGUAUAUUUCUCUUACAUCAAUGUUCCUUGGAAGCUCUACCUGCGCAAAGAGCUCUUUUACCCACGGGAGAAGUUUAAUUCUGAAUAUAUUCUCAACCUGCUGUGCGAACAGAUCUUACAGGACACUUACUCAGGAGGCUGCAAUCGCAUUUCAAAGGAGGAACGGCAAAAGAUGCGAAAUCUACUUGCUGAACAUCACGUUGGAACUAAUAUCAGGAUGCUGCAAGACAGCGGUCUGAAAAAACGAAUUGUUGUGGCUGCACGAGACAACUGGGCUGUUUACUUUUCUCGGCUGUUUUCUGUCAGUGGUGAUGUUGGCAGCAACGUGGAGAUUCUCAGUGUCUCUCAUCGAGGAAUCAAGCUGCUGAAAUCUGUGAAAGCAGUUGGAAUGAAUCCUGAACAUUACAAAGUUCUUCAAAGUUACAGUUAUGUGGAAAUCCAGAGUGCGGAGGUACAGGGAGAGGCUGCACUGGAACUCACUCUGAAAAAUGAGAAGAUGGUCCUUUACUCGGAAAAAGCCAAGCAAGCAAAGAUUCUCAUCAAUCUGUUCCUGGACGAGCUGCGUAAGGACUCCAAGUAUGUCAAGGCUAUUAAAAGCUACAUUACAGACGAUAAAAGUCUGCUAAGCAUGCGUACGGGGGAUAUCAUCAAACUACUGCCCAUGGAUGGACUCCAGCCAGGCUGGCUGUUUGGGUCUGUUGCUGGGCGAUCAGGCCUGUUUCCUGAAGAUCAAGUCCAGCCAACAGCAGCUCCUGAUUACUACAAUGUUAAUCAGGAGAGAUCAAGGAGUAUGUCCUUUUCCAGUAGAUCCUCCAUUAAAAAGAGUCAAGCACUCAGUGAAGUCUCAAGCACCAGAGGAGGAGCAACCAUCUCCUCUAAUUCUUCAUCUGUCAUCAAGUCUGCAUCAAGCACUUACUCCUUGCCUGAACAGGGACAGUAUGUAAUGACCGAGUUCGCAAUGAAGUACUUCAGAGAGCCUGUGACUACACCUGAAAUGAAGAAUAUGAGUGCAAAAGGAAAGAAACCUAAUUACUUGGUCAGACACACAAAGGUUCCCAUCCAGCAGUCACUACUUUAUCUUGUUGACAAUGAAUUGAAUGAACUUGCUACACAGAAUUUCAUGGCUGUUAUGAGGUUUAUGGGAGACCAGCCUUUGAAGAAGAAACAUUCUGAUACUGACUGCUUAGAGAGUAUCCUGAAGCUGUGCAAGAAGGAAGAAUUGCUACUGGAUGAAGUCUGUUGUCAGAUCAUCAAGCAAAUCACAGACAACCCCAAGAAUGAAAGCUGCGUAAAGGGUUGGAGGAUGCUCUACAUCUUCCUGGGCUACUACUCUUGCACAAACAACCUCAACCCUUACGUCACCAGCUAUCUGCAGGAUAUCUCCUUUAACCCCAAUCACCCAUUCCAAGAAAUAGCAAAGCAUUGCCAGGAAAACCUUGAACGCACUUUGAAAUUUGGAGGCCGGCAACAUCUCCCAAGUAACCUUGAAAUGGCUGCUAUUGCCAAAGGACGCAGCUCGCGAAGGAUCAACGUGCAACUGCCUGGGAAGUUGGUUCAUGUGUCCAAGAUCAAGCCCUUCACAAUAGGAAAUGAAUUGGUGAUGGAAAUAUGUGCCACUAUUGGGAUUACUGACUCUGAAGAAGCUAAGGAGUUUUCGCUGAUUGCUGAUAAAGAUAAUGGGAGGGUUGCCAAACCCAUUCGAUGGUCUGAAUAUAUUUUCGAUUUCCUGCUGGAUGAUAACUCAGUCAAAUUUUAUUUUCAACGUAUCAUUUGGAAAGAACCUUUACAUUUCUACAAUGACCUCUAUAUCAAAUUACAUUAUAAUCAGGUGGUUCCGAUUUAUCUGAAGGGACAGCUGCUCUUGCCAAACAACAGCUCUGAAGCAGAACACCUCAUUGCAAUCCUGGCAGCCUAUCAAUUCAAGGGCAGCGAGGAGAACCCUGAGCCAACUAAGCAGCAGUUGAAGAUGUACUUCCCUAAAACACUGGGAAAAGUGAACUCUGAUGCAGUCCUGAAACAAACUCUCCUACAACUUGAUGCAAUGCACAAUCUUAGUCCUGUUGAAGCCAAGAUGCACUUCUUAACUACAGUGCAUGCCAUGCCUCUGUUUGGUUACAAUAUUUUUGAGGUGAAGUCGACCAGCUCAUCUUGGAUUCCAGUUCCAUGCAUCAUUGCAUUCAAUGAGGAAGAUCUGAUGGUGUUAAGUGAGGAAGCCAAGGAAGAACACCUGAGUAUUUCUGUGAGGGAGAUUCAGAUGAUGCGAAUGAAACGGCCAGCGGAUGAAUCAAGCUUUCCAUUGAUGGAAAUAAACUAUGGCCCUGCAGUCAAACCACAUAUGAUCGCUUUUGAAGUGAAAGAGGCAAAGAAGAUCUGCCACAUGAUUAGAAUGAUCCUGGACGACAUACUGCAGACCACCUACACAUGACCUACACAAGAUCACAUACAAAGAUGGGUUAGAGUUCCAGUGUUACUGCUAGGUUAAUCAAAGUUUAUCAAACUGAAACACAAUGCGAUCCAAAUUAAUACAGAAUGAUCACCCCUUAUCUGAAAUCCCAAAACCCAGAAAUUUCCAAAAUCUGAACUAGUUUUGAGUGCUGACACGACAUCACAAAAUGAAUAUUCCACAAGGUGCUGGGAAGGUCCCCAGGUGACUCACAGAUCUCUACCCACCACAGACAGUUCGGAGAUGUGCCCUCACAUAUGCAAUGAACAGAAGUUAAUUAGAAACACUACAUAAAGUGAAAAAUGAAGAUGUUGAUCGUGUUUUGAAAGAGUUUUUGAGUCAGCAUCAGAGUGAACAUAUACUGUCUAACAGUAGGCUGAUCAUGAAACAAGCAAAGAUCAAUCAUGAUGAACUAGUAUCUGUGAAUAUUCAGCAGUCUGGUUGUAUAAAUUUAAGAAUAGACACAGCACUGCAUUUUUAAAGAUUUGGGUUGUUAAAGUGUCUACUGAUCACCAAACAGCAGAGAAAUUCUUUAACAAGUUUGCCAAGAUCGUCACUGAUGAAAAUCUAACACACUGAACGGCUGCAUCAAUACAUAUGUGUGAUGCAAGACAAAGAUUACAUAAUGGUAGCACAUGAAUUCCGAAUCAGGAAUGAUAGUUAUACCAAACCUGAGUGACUGAGGUAGUGAUUGCUGUUAAAAAACAAAACUACCUCCAGGGAUACAGUGGGUAAGGCUGGACACGUGACAUAAAAGGAAUUCACGUUUAGACUCAGCUGCUCGCUCCGAGUUGUCUCAUAUGUAAAUACACCAAAAUUGGAAAUACUUCUGGCCCCAAUCAUUUCAGAUAAGGGUUGUUCAAUCUGCACUCAGCUGCAGACACCAGAUAUAAUUAAACUUCCAGCUAUUUAGUAAAAUAUAAUAAAUUUGAAGUGGCCACUUUUUGCCUUGCCUAGAGGUCUGCCCAGAAUCACCAACAUUCAAUAUGGUCACAGAUUCAGACCAAAUCAUCCGAGGGAACUCCCAUCUUCACCUGGUGACUAAUUUUAGCUGUAAACUGCACCAUUUAGCGUUGAGUCUGCAAACACUGUGGCAAGUUCUCCAUCACUGGUCCAUGACUGGCAUAAGGAGGAAGUCAAGUGAUUGGCCUUCCCAUGUACACAUGAUCCCAGUGCGAAAGCCCACAGUACAGCUUCCCAUCCAACAGCCUAGUGAUCACUUCACAGCCAGGUUCUGACACCUAAAUUCCUCUGUGUGAAUGAAGGUUUUCUUGUGUUUGUUGAGAGAGCAGCUUAUUUUAAUGAAAAGGUUUGUUGGAAACUGGAGACAACAUGAAAUAAACUAAAACAACAAACAUGUAAAUAUACAUCUCAAAGCUGCGAAUGAAACAGCUAUUUAUCUUUUUAAAUAGACCUCUUUUUAUUCUCUUUUUAUUUUUUGUUCAUUUUUUAAUGUUUUUCAAGUUUAUAUUUCCAAAAUCAUCUAAGUUAAUAUUCUGACAUUGAUACCACAAGGUGCUGCUUCAGAAUAAAGUGAAAAUGCAGUAUAUCAUUGUAGUGUUCUGGAUAAUCUGUUGGCACUGGCACUUUAAAACCACCCUAGCAGUACACUGUACAGCAGAGAUAAAACCAAGCAUGCUCAUGGAACUUUUGCUGCUUUUCGGUCUGAUUAGCAGAAAUAUUUAGCCUUUAAUCUCCAAAUGCUAAUUUUCAGAACACCUGGCAAGAUUAAGAUUAAAGUGAUGAAUUAUGCAGUGUGGUGGUACCCAGGUCCAAUGGGUGUCAGGAAAAGUUCAAUUUAAAUUAUUAUGUUAGGCCAUUUCCAGAAUCUGAUCUGUUAAUCAUUUUAUGAAAUCCAUUAAAGUUCCAUCUAGAAAGGAAAUGUUACAUAAUGCUAGAUGAGACCUGUAAAUAACUUCAACUAUAGGGCAUUCAAAGGUAUUUGAAAUAACCUCCAACAGUAUAAUCAUAAUUGAAAGCCUUAGCCAGGAUACAAAAAAAAGAUUAUCAUAAACACGAGGGAUUCUGCAAACGUUGGAAAUCCAGAAGAGCACACACAGGAACCAGCAGCUAUGGAAAUGAAUAAACAGUCAACGUUUCUGACCGAGACCCUUCAUCAGGACUGGAAAGGAAUGAGAAAAUGCCAGAAUAUUUUAUGUUAAGGGUAAUAUUACAGAAUAUUUCAUCUCAACCGAAGUUUGAUGCUCAGUGUAAAAGCUAGGGAACAAGCUUCCUAUCCCACCACCUCUUCAUCAAACACCACAGCUUUUCUUCGGUCGUGACCUAGACAAAAAGACAAUCCUGAAAUGUAAGUUUCCAUAUACCGGAAAUGAAACAGUUGGAAUUUUCACUUUCCUUUGCUUUGUAGCUUUGUUCCUAAUGAUCAAAUAACGCAGUUUAGACAGGUUACUGUUUUAUACCUAGAAAAAUUAAAUUCUAUUUAAGAUCAU